AUGUUACAGUUAGCAUAUGGUUCCUCCUUUGGAGAUGCAGCUGCUAAUGCAGAAUACAGACGUAUAGGUGCUAUGAUUUAUGCAAAAUGUGUUUUGGCCUUGAAGAGAGACUUCCCUGUGAUUUGGUGUGAUAACUGCCAUGAAGCAACUACUAUUGUUUCUGUGAAUCCAAACUUUCAAUAUAGACGCACUCAAAACGUUUCUGAUGAAUUCAUCUAUUUUCGUCCUAUUGAUGCGGAAAUUCGGGAAAAGGCUAGAAGAAAAAAACAACAGAAACCAACUAUGGCCUCCCGUCAACACGACGGAGAAGAAUACGGUUGCCCACGAACCCCAAGAAAUCUGUGGCUGGAAUCUCCUGAAAAUGCAGAGUCCCCAGGAAGUGAUGAUCUGGAAGUAGCAAGAAGCAUGUAUCCUCUUAGAGAAAGAUCUAUCUUCAGGCGUUCCUGGGCAGAGCUCUUAGAAGCACCACUUAACAGUGAAGGGCUCCACAUUGUCCAAACUAUUCCUACAGAAGAAGACAGAGAGAUUGGCUACCUCGAGCUAGCACCAGAGGAGGAGAAUCAAGCAACCACCCCACCCAGGGAUCCCUACCUCCAUCCUUUGCAAGGCCCUUUUCCACUGCUGCCCCAGCGACCUAAGCUCCAGCGGCAGCGCAGUCACAGUUUACCACGAUACAGUGAUAGCAGGAGAGAAAAACUAAAUCCACCUGAGUUAACAUUAAAUCCAGAGAAGAAACACUUCUUCUUCCCAAGUGAUAAUUUGUUCACAGGAGAAAAUUCAAAGGAAAGAAACAGAAUUGAAGAAGCUUGGCAAAAGGACAUUUUGUCAGGCUCUGGAGAACAUCCUCCUAUCAAUCCAAACUUUGAGUAUUCUUCUACAAUGAAAAGCAAAAUUGGAAUUCCAGAAGAUAAUGUUGGACUUCCCAAGGGCAAUGUUAGAAUUCCCAGUAAGAAUGUCAUGGUUAAUGUUGGAGUACCCAUUGAUAAUUCUGAAGUUCUCAGGAGCAAUGCUGGAGUCCUCAUGUGUAAUCCUGAAAUUCCUUCAGGCAAUGGUAGAGUUCCCUGGGGCAGUGGUGUUGGAGUUCCCAUGGAUAAUGUUGACUAUCUCAGGCAUAAUGUUGGAACUUCUAGACAUACUAUAUCCUCUCUACUUACUGAGCUCUCAAAGAUAGGUGAACACCAAUUAUAA